GGCCGCCGCCGCCGCAGGGCCGGCGGGAGCGAGCGGCAGCCGGCGGCAUGAGGCGCGACCCGGCGCCCGGCUUCUCCAUGCUGCUCUUCGGCGUCUCGCUCGCCUGCUACUCGCCCAGCCUCAAGUCGGUGCAGGACCAGGCGUACACGGCGGCCGUGGUGCUGGAGGGCAAGGUGCAGUCCGUGGCCCCCCCCGCAGGCGGCGGCAAUGACAGCCGCGGCGCCUCCGGCCCCGCCGGAGGGGUCCUGGUGAAGGUGCUCGACCUGUGGCCCCUCAACAGCGGCGGGCUGCAGCGGGAACAGCUCAUCAGCGUGGGCUCCAAGGCGCCCUGCUUCAAAGUGAAGCGCAACCACCGCUACAUCUUCUUCCUGGAGCCCACAGAGGAGCCGCUCGUCUUCCGCACCGCCUUCGCCCCUCUCGACACCAGCGGCAAGAACCUCAAGCGGGACGUGGCGCGGAUCCUCUGCGCGGACUGCGCUGUCCCUCCCAAACUGAAGAAACUGAAAAGCCCAAACGUUCACGUUGGUGAAAAGAUCUCACUGAAAUGUGAAGCGACUGCUGGCAACCCUCAGCCAUCCUACAAAUGGUUUAAAGAUGGCAAAGAGCUGAAGAAGAGCAAAGACAUCCGGAUCAAGUAUGGGAAUGGGAAAAAGAUUUCCAGACUGCAGUUCAACAAGGUGAAGCUGGAAGAUGCUGGGGAGUACAGCUGCGAAGCGGAGAACAUUUUAGGGAAAGACACCGCAAAAGGCAGCCUGAAUGUGAGAAGUGGAACAACGAAAGCACCACAAGUUUUACCAGCCUCAGAAACUAAAAUAGUUGUUAUGGAAGAAGAGUUAACCACAACUCUCUCCUCCUGGUCUGGGCAUGCUAGAAAAUGCAACGAAACAGCCAAGUCCUAUUGUGUCAAUGGAGGAGUAUGCUACUACAUCGAAGGGAUUAAUCAGCUGUCUUGCAAGUGUCCGAUCGAAUUCACAGGAGACCGGUGUCAGCAUUUCGCAAUGGUCAGCUUCUCCAAGCAUCUUGGAUUUGAAUUAAAGGAGGCAGAGGAGCUCUACCAGAAAAGAGUUUUAACCAUCACAGGAAUCUGUGUUGCCUUGCUUGUGGUGGGCAUCGUCUGUGUGGUAGCUUACUGUAAAACCAAGAAGCAAAGAAAACAGAUGCAUAAUCAUUUACGACAGAACAUGUGUCAUGCCCAUCAGAACAGGAGCCUUGCGAAUGGGCCAAGCCAUCCGCGUUUGGAUCCAGAGGAAAUCCAAAUGGCUGAUUAUAUUUCUAAGAAUGUUUCUGCCACCGAACACGUGAUCCGGAGGGAAACAGAGACAACCUUUUCAGGAAGUCACUCCUGCUCACCAUCACAUCACUGCUCCACAGCUACUCCAACAUCCAGUCAGAGACAUGAAAGCCACACCUGGAGCCUGGAGCGGACGGAGAGCCUGACUUCUGAUUCCCAGUCUGGGAUCAUGCUGUCCUCGGUGGGAACCAGUAAAUGCAACAGCCCUGCAUGUGUGGAGGCGCGGGCCCGCCGUGGGGCUGCCUUCUGCAUUGAGGACUCGCGGCGGCCCACGACGCAGUACCGCGACUCGGUGGACUCACUGCGGGACUCACCACACAGCGAGAGGUACGUGUCGGCCCUGACCACACCAGCACGCCUGUCGCCUGUCGACUUCCACUACUCGAUGGCGGCACAGGUGCCCACCUUCGAGAUCACCUCCCCCAACUCCGCGCAUGCCGUCUCCCUGCCGCCAGCAGCUCCCGUCAGCUUCCGCGUGGAGGAGCAGCAGCCGCUACUGCGGCGGUACCAACUGCCCUUCCAGGACACGCAGCGCUACGACAGCUACUACCAAAGGAAGACCUACCUGAACGACAGCAUGGGGAGCCUGCCCUCCAGCCCCUUCCGCAUCACGGAGGACGACGAAUAUGAGACGACGCAGGAGUACGUCACAGCGCUAGAGCAGCCAAAGAAAACAGCCAGCAGCAACAGGCGGUGGAAAAAGUCCAAACUGAACGGGCACGUCCCCCACAGAGCCAGAGCUGUCCGGGACUCCUUCUCCUUCAGCAGCGCCUCUUACAGCGAGUCUGAUGAGGAGCUGGUGGCCGAGAGCACGCCCUUCCUAAGCACUCAGAACAAUGAGGCGACAAACACAGAGUCGCCACCGCUCCACCGGCCGGGCGACAGCCGGACUCAGCACCCCUACAGCCGGCACAGCGCCCACGGGGGCAGCGGGCGCAGCAGCCUGGCGCACACGACGCCCAAACGAGAGCCUGACCCCCUCUAGGUGCCCGGCCGAUGUACCGCACGGGGGAGGCGGCGGAGGGAGGCGGAACAAAACGAGACAAAAAUAAAUAUUUUUAUUUUAUAUAAGAGAGAAAAAAAUAUAACAAAUAAAAUGUUUUAUUUUCAUUUUAGCGAAGUUGUCUUAUAAUAGCUAACGGCAAUGACUUUUUUAUAGGGAAUCUCUAUUUAUAUGUAAUGUCUUGAUUUACAGCUUCCGAGGAAAAAAAAAAAAAAAGUAAAAAAAAAAGAAGAAACGAAAACAAACAAUAAAGUUAAAAAAAAAAAGGUGGGCCAAUUUUUGACUACUUAAAAAUAGAAACUAAAACUAUCGUGGUGCCUUUUGCUGUAUGCUAGUGCUGGGAUUCAUGCCGAGGAUUCUGUUUCAGUAGCAUUUUUAAGAUCAUAGAUUUUUGUUUGGGAGACGACCUGUCACAAGGGUGCUCUUCCGUCGGAAGAAAACAGCCUCGCCACUCUGCCCCGUACCCUGCUAUUAGCAAUCUUGUUCUUUAAGGUAUUGUUUAAUACACACUAAGGACAUGAGUGGGAGCAUUUCCAUUACCAUGUCUGAUGGGGAUCUGUCUUGCCCUGUAAAAUACUUGUAUUUUUGCUUAAAUCAGGAGAAAAAGAAAUCCAACAGCACCAUCCCGAAAUGCAGAAACGAUGUUUCUUUUGCCGCACAGAAAAUGAGAAAAUGAAAUCAUGCAGCAGCAGCCCUUAACAAAUAGCUCUCAACCUUUGGCUGUUCCCCGUGGGUCCAAAGUUGGGUUGGCACAGGUCGGUAGUCCAAUGUGUGAGACAUCUGUGUGACUGCGGCAAAAUACAGCCCUGUUCCGUAUGGCUCAGUCUGGCUCACUGCAGCCUGCCCUGGUGGAUGGGUGGCAGCGCACGGCGGUCCCGGUGCCUCCCAGGACUUGGUGCCGUGCUGGCCGUGAUGUCCCCAUGGUCAUGGUGUGGCAGUGGCUGUGGCGCUGUGCAGGCUGCAGUGCUCCAUGCGCCGUGCUUGGAGCCAUGCCUGGCAGCCGCUGGCCGUGCUGCCCUGGUGCCUGGCUCUGGCCCCGCUUGCAGACCCUCGGAAGGGCAGCAGGCCCCUGAGGGGCAACCCAGCAAGUGGUUCCUCUGUAGCGCCGUGACAUGCGUUGUAAAGGCAGUUGUUACCAUAACAUUUUGCUGUCGGUGACAGACGUCGCGUUUCCGAACUCAGAGCAGCUCUGCCCGUUGGCUCUGUGGCGCAAAGAGACAGUCCUGUGUGUCCGGGCAGCAGAGCAUCCCCGUGGAAGUGCCCCUCUCUCCUCAGUUUUCUUCAGCCCUCUCUCUGCAGCAAACCUGUUUACAUUGUAGCCUGACUUUUUUCUUUUUAUAUUUUUACUUCUGCAUGUCCUUUGCAUUUCAGAUACUGUAGAUUGGAUGCAUGGUGAAGCUGUGACUGAGAAGAUAAUACAACAAUUGACAGUGUAUUUCAUUUAACUUUUAGCAAUAAAGUAACUAAACCCUCUAUUCCUCACCCAUGAUGGGGUCAGAUAGAAAACUCUGCUAAUUUGUCAUAAGAUGAUUGUCAAAGUUUGCUCUGGAUUGUCUGAAUGUCAGAACUCUCGACUGUUUAACACUUGAACAUUUUUUUAUACUAUAAAUAAAAUAAGAAACAACAAUCUG